AUGCCCUCCUGGGCCCUCUUGGUGGUCAUCUCCUGCCUCCUCCCGGCCCCCCAAAACCUGGCACAAGUCACCAGCCAAGAUGCCUCCUUGCUGGCCUCGGACUCAGAGUCCCUGAACUGUUUCUCCCGAACAUUUGAGGACCUCACUUGCUUCUGGGAUGAGGAAGAAGCAGCGCCCAGUGAAAUAUAUCAGCUGCUGUAUGCCUACCCAGGGGAGAAGCCCCGUGCCUGCCCCCUGAGUUCCCAGCGUGUGCUGCCCUUUGGAACCCGGUACGUGUGCCAGUUUCCAGCCCAGGAUGAAGUGCGCCUCUUCUCUCAACUGCACCUCUGGGUGAAGAACGUGUUUCUGAACCAGAAUCUGACCCAGCGGGUGCUCUCUGUGGAUAGUGUGGGCCUGCCAGGUCCCCCCAGCCUCAUCAAGGCCAUGGGAGGGAGCCAGCCAGGGGAACUUCAGAUCAGCUGGGAGGUCCCUGCUCCCGAAAUCAGUGAAUUUCUGAGGCACGAACUCCGCUAUGGCCCCAAGGAUCCAAGGAACUCCACGGGUCCCACAGUCACACUGCUGCUGUCCACAGAAACCUGCUGCCCAGCUCUGCGGAGACCAAACCUAGCCCCAGCUCCGGACGCGUCUCCGUGUGCUCAGCCCGUGAUGCCCCAACAGGAUGUACCAGAGCAGACCCCCACAACUAGAGAAGCUCCAUCUCUGACAGUGAAGGGUGGAAGCUGCCUCCUCUCAGGGCUCCAGCCUGGGAACUCCUACUGGCUCCAGCUACGCAGCCAACCUGAUGGGGUCUCCCUCCGUGGCUCUUGGGGAUCUUGGUCCCUCCCUGUGACCGUGGACCUGCCUGGGGAUGCAGUGGAAAUUGGACUGCAAUGCUUUACCUUGGACCUGAAGAAUGUUACCUGUCAGUGGCAGCAACAGGACCAUGCUAGCUCCCAAGGCUUCUUCUACCACAGCAGGGCAUGGUGCUGCCCCAGAGACAGGGACCCCGUCUGGGAGAAGUGUGAAGAGCAGAAGAAAAAUCCAGGAUCACAGCCCUCCCAGUUCUCCCGCUGCCACUUCAAGUCACGAAAUGACAGUGCUAUUCACAUCCUUGUGGAGGUGACCACAGCCCAGGGUGCCAUUCACAGCUACCUGGGCUCCCCUUUCUGGAUCCAUCAGGCUGUGCUCAUUCCCACUCCAAACUUACACUGGAGGGAGGUCUCCAGCGGGCAGCUGGAACUGGAAUGGCAGCACCCAUCACCCUGGGCAGCACAAGAGACCUGCUAUCAGCUCCGAUACACAGGAGAAGGCCAUCAGGACUGGAAGGUGCUGGAGCCGCCUCUCGGGGCCCAGGGAGAGACCUUAGAGCUGCGCCCGCGCUCCCGCUACCGUGUACAGCUGCGCGCCAGGCUCCACGGCCCCACCUUCCAUGGGCCCUGGAGCGCCUGGUCCGACCCAGUAAGGGUGGAAACCGCCUCCGAAACCGCCUGGAUCUUUUUGGUGACCGCUCUGCUCCUGGUGCUGGGCGUCAGCGCCCUCCUGGGCCUGCUGCUGCUGAGGUGGCAGUUUCCUGCGCACUACAGGAGCCUGAGGCAUGCCCUGUGGCCCUCAGUUCCAGACCUGCACCGGGUCCUAGGCCAGUACCUUAGGGAUACUGCAGCCCUGAGUCCGCCCAAGGCUGCAGUCUCAGAUGCCUGUGAGGAAGUGGAACCCAGCCUCCUUGAAAUUGUACCCAGGUCCUCAGAGAAGACUCCCUUGCCCCUAUGUUCCUCCCAGGCCCAGAUGGAUUACCGAGGAUUGCAGCCUUCUUGCCUGGGGACCAUGCCCCUGUCUGUGUGCCCACGCAUGGCUGAGACAGGGUCCUACUGCACCACUCACAUCGCCAACCAUUCCUACUUACCACUCAGCUGCUGGCAGGCCCCUCGCUCCCAGUACCCUGGACAGAUCCAAACCCUCUAGUCCUUCCUUCUGAUCUUCCCUACCCACCCCAUCCCAACACACAACCAUCUCAGACCUCACGUCCUUCCCGGUUGUCUACCCUCCUAGCUGGGCUUCAUAACACUGAUCUUUCAGUACUGCUGCUGAUAUUAAUCCAGGACAAGGCUCAUUUGACUAAGCUUCUCUAAAUUUCACCUCCUUUCUCUCUCCUCUUUAAUGCCAAACUCCUUGAAAAGGAGUCUCCACUUCCUGACUCCCAUUUGCUCCUCAGACUCCUUCAAUUCAUUCCCCUACUACCACUCUGCUAAUGAAACUACUCAGGCAAAACUCACCUCAAAUUUUUCUCAUCACAAGAUCCAAUCAGAUUUUGUUAGUUCUCAAUCCAUUUGAUCCCUCUGUUGUCAUUUGUCAUGGUGACUACUCAUUUCUCCUUUAAAUUCUCUCCUCCAUGGCUUGCAUACAUCACCAUCUCUCCUGGCUCUGCUAGGGCCUCUCUGAGUAUACUAAUAGUUAAGCGCGUAAGCUCUGGAGUCAGAGCUGGGUUCAAUUCCUGUCUUUCCCAUUUGCUAGCUGUAUGGCCUUGAGCAAGUAAAGUCUUUGAGCCUUAAUUUUCUCAUCUAUAAAAUAGGGAUAAUAACAGAACCCCAUAGAGUUGUAAAGAGCAUUUAGUGAGAUAAUCUAAGUAAAGCACAGUAACUAGGACAUAGUAAGUGUUUGAUAUGUCUAAACUAUGGUAAUUAUUCCUUCCUAAUCUUAUCCUGGAAUCUCUUCCACUCCUUAAUUACUGCAGUCCCUCAAGAGUCCAUUCUUAACAGUCUCCAGUCCCAUCGGUUCUCAUUGCCUUCCCUAUAUGCUGACCAUUCCAAAGUUCUUAUCUCCAGCCCAGACCUCUACUACAGCACCUGUAAUGGUUUAUGCAAGUAACCGUUUACAUGUCUGUCUUCUGUUACUAGAUUGUGAGCUCCUUGAGGGCAAGGGCUGUGAUUUAUUUGUCUUCCCUCAACCCC